AUGGAAUCAAAGAUUAGUGAUGAUGUUCCCAUUAUUGGCAUGGAAUUCGAGUCUUUGGAUGCAGUAAUCGAAUUCUACAAUACCUACACUAGAAGAGUUGGCUUUGACUGGAGGAAUAGGAGUUCGAAAAAGAAUGCCGAUGGGGUUGUAUGCUAUGUUAUGCUUGUCUGCAACCAGGAGGACAGAGCCGAAUCAAAAGUUGAUGAAACAAGGAAGACCUAUCCAAAAGGACCUACAUGGUGUAAAGCCAGGAUGAUUGCCUUUUCUGAUGUCGGCAGUAGUUGGAUUGUUAGGGUAGUUAAACUGAAACACUGUCAUGAUCUGGACUGCACUAAUAUGAGGUUAUUGAGGAGAAAUAAGGUUAUUUCUAUGCAGAAGCUACUUAACCAUGCCAGAGGGCCUGAUAGCCUUAGUUUUCAGGAAAAAAAUGUGAGAAAUUUCAUUGAUUUGGAUAGGAGGUCAAUUGAGAAAGGAGGCGAUGGUAAAGCAAUGAUGGACUAUUUUAGACCGAUGAAGGAGCGAGACAUUCGUUUUUACUAUGAUAUUGAUUACAAUGAAGAAUGUCAAAUUAUUCGGAUAUUUUUUCCUAAUCCUCGGAGUAUUGCCUCGUACCAGUACUUUGGAGAUGUUGUCAGCUUUGAUACGAUAUACAUAACAAAUAAGUACGACAUGUCGUUUGCUACCUUUGUCGGAGUUAACCAUCGCGAGCAAUCUGUACUUCUUGGAUGUGGGUUACUUAACUUCGAAGAGAAGGCUUCAUUUGUGUGGUUAUUUAAUUUCUAG